AUGGACAACCACUACUACGCCGGCGGCUGCAUGGGCGGCGCCACUGAUCGCUCCUGCAGCUCCUCUUCCUCCUUCUCGUCCUGGGACUCGUUUCCCUCCGACAUGAGCAACGGCGAGACGAUUGAGGUGGAGACGAGGCAGCCGAAGAAGCCAGCGGCCUCGGCGUUCAUCGGUGUUCGUGCACGGCCGUGGGGACGGUUCGCGGCGGAGAUCCGGGACUCUACGCGGGGAGGCGCGCGGGUGUGGCUGGGCACCUUCGGCACCGCCGAGGCCGCCGCCAUGGCCUACGACCAAGCGGCGCUGUCCUCACGGGGCGCCGCCACGGCGCUCAACUUCCCCUUGGAGCGCGUCCAGGAGUCGCUCCAGGCACUUGGCGCCACCGGCACAGGCGUGGUCGGCUCGCCCGUGUUGGCGCUCAAACGGCGCCACUCCAAGAGAAGGAGGCGGAGCAAGGCCGAGCUAGCGAACGACGCGGCGACAUGCAUGAGGAGGAGCAAGGUCAUAGCCAAGCAGAAGAAGUUCACUGUGGAGCUGGAGGACCUCGGCGCCGACUAUCUCGACGAGCUUCUCAGGAUUACUUGUAGUACAGCUUACUACUAG